AUGUCUUCCCAUGCUGAGAUGAACUCUACUCCCGACAACGACCCCGAUGAGGUCUCGUCCUCAGUUGACAGUGACCAAGAUGAGGACAAGUCGUACGUUGUCGAGACCAUUUGGGCGGAGCGUGUCACUGGCGGCCUAACCGAGUACCUUAUCAAAUGGGAAGGCUAUCCUGCUGAAAGAGCAACAUGGGAGCCAGUUGAAAUGUUUGACGAUGAAGCCGCCACCCUGAAGGAUUGGGACGACAAAAAGAAGCUCAUCGAGUCAGGGCAUCAUGAACCCUUCAACAUAAAGUCCUGGGAGAAACAUUGUGCAAAACUCAGGCGGGAUCGUCAAUCCCGCCGGCAAAGACGAGAAAUCCGCAUCUCGGGUGAACAAUCCCCAGGGGAUCUCGUGGAUCUCCGUACACAAAUUCCAGAACUCCAUAUUUCCUCGCCGACAACUCAAGACACGCCGUCAACACCACUGGUUUCGCAAAACCAUACAACAUCUUCCAGAAAGUCGAGAGCAAGCCAGGUCUCGCCCAACGAUCGACUGCCGGCAUCUCAUGGAUACAGGACAAAGCCACCUAGUUCAGACCUGGCCAAAGCUACUGACAGGAACAAGCGGCGAAAGCUUGAAAAACCUCAGCCGCCAAUUGAACGGCUACAUCAAUCCGCACCCGAACCUUCAAUCAAACCUGCCAUGAAACCUGUAAUCAAAACUGUAAUAAAAUCUCCAAUCAAACCUGCACCCAAACCCGCACCCCAACUCAAACCUCAAUACACACCCCAACCCGACAUCGAAUACGCAUACAAGUACCCGCACCAAUGGAAACACGAGCCGGCACCUGCUUUGACAAUUUCAACCUCCACUCAGUCAGCGUCGACCUUUGGAGAAGGAGGGACAGGGGCCAGAGCUGGGCUUCGCCCACUGUUCCGCCGUGAUCCAGCAGCGGAAUUCACAAAGCUGGAUAUGAUCCGGCCCUCUCAGUUUCCGGAGAGAACGGGGCACCCUGACACGAAUGCCGCAGAUUUGCCAGUUAUAAUUGCCCCAACUUAUCCACCCAUGCCCAAGAAGACCAGGCGGUCUAAACCAUUGCCGUCGCCCUCUCCUCCUCCUUCGCCGGGCUACAGUGCCCCCCGAAAGCAAACUUUUCGUGACAAGUUCGACAUGUCGAAGCGACAACGUCGUUCUUUGAAAGAUGGUGACAUCAACAAGCCGGCCGAUAUCUUCUCUCGGCGGGAUAGUCCCGCCAGGCGUCGCUCAAGCUCACGCUCACGCUCACGUUCUCCUGGCCUUUUGCGUAUACCAAAGCCGCCAAACACCUCAGCCGUCUUAAAGAACAUCAAUACCAACUUCAAUCCUCGAUCUAUCACUCCUGCUGAUUUCUCUUUGCCUGAGCAGCUUGCCCUAAUGCCUACACGCACUCCAGAAUUCGAUGCUCGUACUAUCCCUGGAUACUGGUUUAACCCUGGAGAGGUUUUGAUGAUGACUUCCUUUGGGCGAGAUGAGAAUCUAGUUGGAAAUACAAGGGCUUGUGGAUUAUCACUUUUGUCUAAAGACAUAGUCAGGAAUAAGCCACGGGGAAAGGCGCAACUUAACAUUCACUUUGAACACUUGUGCACGACUGAUGAAAUCACUCGUUUGCGAACUCGACCCACAGCAACUAAUACAUUAAAACCUACGGUUGCUAUGCGUACCGGAUGGAUAGAGGGCUUCCAUCAGACUAACGAAUCACUACUUCAUAUGGCCGAACACCUUCGCAAAAAUGAUCUUGUUGCUAUCUUCUAUUCGCCGAUGGGAAGCAAGAUUGCCUGGGUUGCAUCGUCUCGCUACCCUCAAAAUACCGAAUGGAUAAAUUGGAUUCGAAAUAAAUACAAUGAGAAUGUACCAAGUGGGGUUCCUAUUCUUCUAACGGCAUGCGAAAAUCUCUUGCCCAUAGCCUCACUGGGAUCUCGGGCUCGCAGUCCAACUUUCGCUAUUAACGAGGGUGGGCCAAAAAACACCGCUCCUUCGCUUGACCCUCAGCUUCGAACCAACACACAGUCCUCGCAACCUUUCUCCGCAAACCGAAGAAAGCCACAUUCAACUACUUUCCGCCAGCUAGCUCUGGAGCCUGACAAGAGUGUCUUUGGUGUUCCAACUCCGGAUGCCGUGGCCGAGGUUGAAAUCUUGAAGAUGAUGUACGCAGAACAGGGGAUCGUUACUUUCACAAAUCAAAAUCCAGGUCACUGGGCCUUGUUUGUGAAUGAAAAUCAACAGGGUGUCGUCAUUUUCCACGAGUCCUUCCAUGACUACGAAUCGUUGCAGCCGCCUAUCGCUCGAGUCAACAAGAAAUUGUUCAAUUUUUGGGUGGUCCGCGUACUCCGCCCGAUUGACCUUCCGGACCACAAUCUAAACGCGCCCAGCAUUUAUGCGCAACGUAUUCUGAAGCCAGGCACUGCGAUGGUGCUUAUCACGCAGGAUGCGAUGAGCAACCUCAUUGAUGUUGCCAUUAUUCUUCGUUGGAUCUUCCGCUGUCAAAGGAAAAGAGUUAGCAGGUGGAAGAUUGUGUUUUUCCCCGGCAUCCUACAAUGGAUAACGGACAAGCUGAAUGAUGAAGGUUGUGUAAAAGACCAUAACACCCUACGCCUAAUCGAGAGUCUGAUCAUGAGGAACAAUGUCGACUACCCUCCAACUCGAGCCUUUGACGCGUCUAGUCUGGAUUUUUUUGGAUGCCUUGAAAACAGUACAUCCACGGUGGUUGAACUUCCGUCUGUUGAAGAUCGCACGGACAGAAACAAGUCUAUUCUUGAUGAGGCCGAGCGGGACGCGGACCAUCUGAUUGAAAUAUUGGCGGGUGUGGCUAAGCUGAAAAUGGCCCGAUUUGGGACUUUUAUCGCUAUCGUAUCUGAACGCCUAAAGACAUCUGCUUCAAAGUCCCGAUGGGAGAACUGGGGGCAUAUUUUUCUUCACUAUGGGUUUGAAGGAUUUCAUGCAAGCCAUAUCAGUGACCGGGAAUUUUUACUAGGCGAGGUCAAUGCUGCUCGUAAGGCUAUGUGA